AUGGCACCUUGUUCGAAUGGGAUUCCGAAUAGGUACGUCCUUUCCGUCUUGGUGUUUUGGGGUUUCUUUACAAUGUACGCGUUGCGAACCAAUCUGAAUGUGGCCAUCGGAGCAAUGGUCAAAAAACACACAGUUGUCGUCGAUGGAGUCGAGACAGAAAAGGAGGCAGAAUUUAAGUGGAGCUCAAAAUUGCAAGGGGUGGUACUGGGUUCGUUUUAUUACGGCUACGUUGCGUUACAAAUCCCCGGAGGCUGGCUUGCCUUAAAACUCGGAGGAACACGCCUGUUCGGUUCAGCGGUGCUGACGGCUUCGGUCUUAACAUUAUUAACCCCGUUAGCUUCCAGAGCAAGUGUGGUGCUUCUUAUUGUUGUACGAGUUUGUGAAGGAUUGGUUCUGGGAGUAUUGUUUCCUUGUAACCACGCUAUCUGGAGCAAAUGGGCACCAAGCAUGGAGAGAACUACUUUAGCCACUAUAGCAGUCACAGGUUGCACUGUUGGCAGUAUAGUAACAAUGCCGAUUUCUGGGUUGUUAACAAGAUACGAUCUUGAUGGUGGAUGGCCAGCUGUGUUCUAUGCAUUUGGCAAACGGAAGUCAUUAUUCGGAGUCGUGCACAAGAAGACUGACGUUCUGAUUGAAAACAAAAUGGGAUUUGCGGCUGCCGCUCCGUUUGUUUUCAAAUCUUUAACUUGUCCCUUGGCAGGAGUCACCGCUGACCUUCACAGGCGGAAUAUUCUUUCUACCAAGACGGUGAGACGCGUGUUCUACACAACAGGUGCAGUUACCGGUGGACUAUUUAUUCUAAUAGCGGGCUAUUUCAAGAAUCCUGAUGCUGUGAUAGGUUGCAUGUGCGUUAGCGGAACUGCCCUCGGAUUGGUUUAUGCGGGCUUCCAAGUAAACAUGUUAGAUAUAGCGCCGAGAAACGCGUCUAUCGUCAUGGGCAUCGUGAACGCGGCCAGUAACACCGCUGGCUUUCUCAGUCCCAUGUUGGUUGGGUUCAUAACGCAUCACAAGGUUCGAUCCACUAAAUAGCUUUGCUCGGCUGAUAGUAUCACUCUGUUGUGUGUCUUUUCCAUGUGUGUCAUGGUACUCCUCCCUCCCGUGUACUAGAGGUUUAUUUACGAGU